AUGAAUUAUGUUUCGAAACAAUUCUGCCUUUUUAUUUUAUGGGUGAUAUUACACAAAGCAAGCCCGUACAAUUGUCUCAUAUCAAAUUACAACACGGUUAAGGUUUAUAGGGACAGGUUGUCCUUCCCCCAUUAUGACAUUUUCAGCAACAAGGGGAAUCUACAAAGGGGACAAUUUGCUGUAAGGAGGACAAAAUGGAAAGGGAGUAAACAACAUUUGAGCAGACUCUGUAGCAUACAAGUAAGAAGAGAGGAUAACAAAUCGAAAAAUUGUUCCACUUCCCAGAAGUGCUUACUUGAAAAUGUAGCGAAGGAUUUUAAAAAUGCCAGGGGGGGAAGUCUCGAAGGUGGCCUAAGGGAUGCACUACAGGGGGACACCCCAAAGAAGUGGACACAGCUAAGCGCACACACAAAGGGUCCAGAUAGGAAAAAGCCUAGUCUGCUUGACACUAUCAGCCAUAUGAAUUAUGCCACAAGUCGGGCAAGGGGAAAAGCGACCAAGCAUCAAGUACUCAACUGUCAUUCAGACCAUCCGAAUGAGGAAACUGGAAUACCCAAUGGUGUGGACCUCCUGCAGAAGGAAAAAAAAUAUAGCAGACAAAUAUACACGCACGGAUAUGAAGAGGAGAAGAAAAUUCGUAAGAGUAAAAUAUUAGUCAUCGGCCUAAACGGGGUAAGUAGCGAAAUAUGCAAAAAUUUAAUUCUUUGCGGAGUGAAGGAAAUAGGAAUAUAUGACAAUGACAUUUUGAGCGUAGACGAUGUAGAUAGCCUCUUCUUUUGCGAGGAAAAAUUUAUAGACAAGGAAAAAAAAAGCAUAGCUUGUGUGCAGAACAUGUGUAAGCUGAGUGACAACUGCAAAAUUGAAGUGGUCACAGAUGUUGAAAAUGCGAUGCAACACUACGACGUAGUUGUGUCAGUAAAUCAAAGUGACCAAUUUAACAUAAAACUGAGUAAUCUGUGCAGAAGGGGCAGUGUCAAAGAAGAAAAAAAAAAGUUCAUUUGCGUAAAUACCGUGGGCCUCUUUGGGCGCAUUUUUGUCGACUUUGGACAGUUUGCCUACUCCAAUUCGAACAGCAAUGGCGAGUCGUACGACAUAAGCAAAGUGGAACUCGCGGGCGAUGAUCAGUUCGUUCUUCAUUGUUUGCCCAACUACAGGGACAUCCAGAUGAGCGAAAAGGAUGUCCUAAUUCUUCGUGUGCAAAAUGGAAAUCAGCAGGUGGUGAAUAUCCCCUGCGAAAUUACAGACGUGUGCAAGGGAAGUAACAAAAUCCGCGUCAUCAUUUUGAAGAAGAAAAAUGCACUUGACACGCUUGUGGGGUAUGUGCUCCCCCUUCGAGUUGUAGAUUAUUUAGAAAAAAAGAGCCACCAUCUCGGUAUCCAUCUGUUUGAAAAAUUGACGAAGAUGCUCCAACGAAGAAGCGGCAAUCAGUGUGUGCAAGAAAUCGUCUUGAAAAAUCCCCCCCGAAAUAUGAGUGUCAAAAAAGUGCCUGAACAGAUCAGGUUAAAUUAUCAAAGUUUGGAGGAAUACUUAAACGGUGUGCGGGGAAAACUGGACAGGGGAAGAAGCUCCGCGCUGUGGUCCCUCCUCAUGAGGUUGUUUAACCGUCGAAAGGGAGGAGACCAAGUGAGCGACGAAGAGCUGUGCUUUCUAUGUUACGAAGAAAUGAUAAAAAAGAAGAAGGGGAAGAAAAUAUUCACCCCAGAGGAAAUUCAGGCGUUUCAAAACUGGUGUAAAAGAAGAAAAAAAAAUAUGAACGUUGAGGUAGUAAAUCAAUUUUGUUCAGCUGCACACAUCGAAUUGUCUCCAUUUUCUGCAUUUUUUGGAUCUUUGGUGACGCAAGAAAUUUUAAAAGGUCUGACGCGCAAAUUCAAACCGAUUUACCAGACCUUUUUUUUCGACAAGAGAGAUUUAUUUCCCUUUGCGAAAAUUACUCAUAAGUAUCACGGAAGGUACCUGCAUCAGCUGAAUUUUUUUGGGCCCCAAUUUCAGAAAUUUCUGAACGACCUGAACGUUUUGCUGAUCGGAUCAGGCGCCUUGGGGUGUGAGUUUUUGAAGCUCUUGGCGCUAAUGGGGGUUUCCUCGCGUAGGGGCCUAUCCCCUGGGGGGCGCAUCCAAGUGGUUGAUUACGACCUGAUUGAGGAAUCCAAUUUGUCUAGGCAGUUCCUGUUCAGUGCGAAAGACGUGGGGAAGUUGAAGUGCCAAGUGGCUGCAGAGAAUGUUAAGAAGUUAAACCCGAAUUUGAACUGUGGUUUUCUGAAAAUGAAGGUGGAUGAGUCCAUUUUGCGGAACCGGGGCUUACUUCUGAAUUGGUUCUUUUCUCCUUCGAGGAGUAAUGACCAAAAAGGGACACAUAUACGUAAUAGUACCAACUGGGGGGGAACUAACGAGAAGGAGAAAAUAGAAGAAAGAUCGCCUGACAGAAGAAGCACCUCCCCCAUUGUGUGCAUCCUCUGUUUGGACAAUUUCCAAACCAGGGCAGUGUGCGACACAUUCUGCGUGAUGAACUCCAUUCCAGUAGUCGAAGCGGGUAUAGAGGGUCUGAAGGGAAGUAGCCAAAUAGUUAUCCCCUUCUCAAGCGAGACGUACACGAGCAACUCGAUCGAUGGGCAAGCCGACCAGGAUGCAAAUAACUCGUGCACCAUUACAUCCUUCCCCAAACACCCCAAGCAUGUAAUCCAGUUUGCAAAAAGCGUUUACAAUCAUUAUUUUACCGACAAUGUGAUCAAAAUAAAUAACUUUUUGAACGACCCUGUCUCUUUUAUUGGCCACCUAUGCACCUACGACAACGUGAGAAACUUGCUCCAUUUUUUUAAAUUAACAAAAAUGUAUUUCAAUCCCAACGUCCACGAGAAUGUAGAGCUCCUCUGGAACAACACCUUUGUGAGAAAUAUUACCCACUUGCUCAAAAAGAACGAAGCAGAAUUAGAGAAGUAUUUUGAAGAAGUGAAGAAAUUGCCAAAGCCGGUUUUCUUCCAUCCGGAGAAUAAAAAUCACUUGCUUUUCUACCAGUGUGCGUUGAAAAAUUUCAAAAAAGUUUUCAAAAAUUUGAUAGACAUUUUGGCUAGCCAGAAAAGGAACCAAAGAGGUGUCUUCUUUUUUAAGGAUGAGAAAGUGGGGGCAUCUAAAUGGCCCCCAUUUGAGGACGCCAUAGGAGAAAUUGUGUCGAAGAAUGAUUUGCGCCUGGAUGUUAAGCGUCUGCUGUAUUUCCUCUCCGUUAUCCGCAGGAACACCGACCGGGAGUUUUACGCCGCUAUCCAAAGGGAGCUCUUCGACUUGUUCAACAACCCGGUGUUCCUUUUGGCCCUGCGGUGGGUGCAGCACCGGGGGGGGGAAGAGGCAAAAACGGAAGCAGCAGUGGGGAUGGGAAAAGAAGCAGCAGUGGGGAUGGGAAAAGAAGCAGCAGUGGGGGGGGGAAAAGAAGAAGCAGAGGGGGUGGACGCAACUGCCCGAGGUGGGCUCUCCGAGGAGGUGAACAUGGCAUGGAGCGGUAUGUUCAACUCUGGUGCCAACUCUGGUCAUAACUCCGGUGCCAACUCUGGUGCUAACUCAGCUUCCAAUUCCCAGGCUACCCCCUUGGUAAACAUUGCGCCUACCGCGCGGGUCCAAGAUGAUGCCCCCCCCCGCGGCCGGAAAGAAGUCGCGCUGCUCACCCCCCUCAUUUGCAACCUUCAGGACGACAAGGACGACAUCAACUUUGUCUUCAGCCUGACCAACGUACGCAACGAAAAUUACCAUUUCCCGCAGAUGCCCAUCCUGGAGUUCUUUAAAGUGUGCAAUAACAUCGUGCCGUCCAUCGUCACGGUCGUUUCGGCCAUUUCUGCUCUGGCGUCCCUCGAGUUGUACAAGCUGGCCCAUUUGAUGCAAUCGCGUGGGAGGGAAGCCCAAAUGGCGAGGGGCCAGAUGGGAAACUCCCAAGUGGGAAAGUACCAAAUGGGGAGAGACCACCCAACGAACCACCCGCCACAGCACGAGGAACCCCCCCCCGAGGACCUAACUCAAUUUCGCGAGGAAAAGCUGAAGGACCUAACCAUCUGCACGUACGGCAGCAAGGUCUACAUUAGGAAAAACGGAAAACUAUUGUUCUCCUUUUUUAACGUGCCCUACGAGGAGCUUCAAAUCCUCUCAAGCACAGUAAACAAUCAUUAUGUCAAUCUGGAGGAUAAUUUUUUCACCCAUUCUCAGCUUAGUAGCGUCUGCCCCGCUCUGUCCUAUGAAAACUCACCGUCAGCAUUGAUGAGGAGAUUUCAGUUUUCCGUUUGGAACUAUCUCUAUGUUGAUAUUUGUCAGAGAGAAGGAAAGAGGAAGGGCAACGGGGAGUGCCUCGUGGGGAAGUGCGGACUGUCCCUUCGUCUCUUCGACUACCGAGUGGGGGAGCAGCACGUAGAGGGGAGGCUGGCCGAGGCUAGUAGGGCGUUCCGAAGCAUGAUGAGAGGCGCGAACGACCAUGCUUCUGACAGCGCCAAGCCUGCGAACCGUGCGAACUUGGUAACCGACUUGGCAGACUCCAUCCUGAAGGACCUCCACACCGUGGCCACCGCAUCCGAAGAUGAAGCGUCUCUUCACCAGGCAUCUAUACACAUUCGCGACAUAAAGAAGAACGUGCAUGUAAUUAUGCAGCAGAGGAGAAACUCAGGAGAGUCGUCCAAGGCGAAGGGGGAAAAGGCACUAGCCGAUUUAGCCAUCACUUUAAAAGGAGUGAAAAAAUAUACGGAGCAGAUGAGAAGCCAAGCAGAAGCAUUUAUAAACAUGAGGAGGAGUGAAACCAGAGAAGACAUCACGUUAGACGAACUGGUGACUACCCUGGAGGUUCUCUUCGGUGUAUCCAUUCAGACAAUUGGGGUGAGGGACAAAAUUAUGUACACAAAAUUUCAGUUGCCCUCUUUUAGACACUCAGGAGGGAGAAGCCUCUCCGUUAUUUUACGCGAUCUCUUCAAGGCAGAUGCCGUUGCAGAUGCGGAUGCACAGGCGAGUACCUACGUGCUGCAUAUCUUUGCCACUGACAGUGCGGGGAGGGAAGUCAGCCUGCCCGACGUGCAGGUCAAUGUGCACCACCAUUGA